AUGGCUAAGAUGUUCGGGUUCAAGCGCUUAAGCGGUCAGAUGGCAUUUGUUGCAAUUCUAAGGCAUGAAGAUUACUCAGACACUGAUAGUGGUAACAUGCCACAAACCGAGGUUCCUGAAAUGCAAGAAGAAGAAGAAGUGUAUCGUGUUACCAUUGAUGAUGAUGAAAUAUUCCAACAUUGUGCUGCUAGAAGGCAACAACGAGGUAGGCCAAAUUUGCAGUCAACCGCUAAACGUGAAAGUAGUGCACAAAGAUCUGGAGGAAGCUCACGAGUUUCUAUUAGAAGUGGUUCACGAGGAAGUCGAAAACGACAAUCAUUUGAAACAACAAUAGAAGACAAUAUCACUAGCUUCAGAGAAUUCCAACGACAAAGUUUUCAUCCUGGUGCUUUUGACCAAGAUGAUUACGAUGAAUUUAAAAAGGCGGAAGCGAUAUUUAUCCCACUAGAUCUUCCCAAGCACACUAGAUUUUAUUGGGCAUGCAUUAAUGCACUUGAGGAGCUAGUAUAUUGGCGUAAGUAUUUCAUUGAUAUAGCUGCAAGCACCGACGAGGAUAAGGUACAACUGUUAGAAGCUAUGACUGGUGUUUCCCCCAACAACCAAGAUGUGCCAAAACAGUUAGGUUCAGGUCAUUCAUUUGGGCACAUUCAGGAGUGGGGAACACCACCCAAUGCUCCACACUGGGGAACACCACUAAUUGCUCCACAAUGGCGGCAAAUAUUUGGAAAAUUUCAGCAAGUUGGAAGUCAAGGAGAUGGUGCAACAAUGGAAACUCCACCGAUCAUACAACAAACAUCAUCAUCCGGUGUCGGUUUCACAAAUUAUUUUGAAACUGGACAAAUACCACAAACACCUAGACCAGGAGGUCUCUUUAAUAUUUAUGGAACUCCGCAAGGAUCCAAUGCAAAUCAUCACAGUAAUGUAGGAGAUGAAGAAUAG